AUGCAAGGAGAAGGAAAGGAGAGCAAGAUGGGUUUCUUCUUGGAGCAGGGAUCUUCAGAGCUUUUACUUGAGAAUGCCCAUGUGAAACAAGAGAUGAAUGCCACGUGGUUCAAAGAUGGCCCAAUACGGUAUAAUCCGGAGAUUGGACUACCGGAAUACCAUAUAAUGUCAUUGGAGCAUGAUUACUGUAAUGGUGUGUUCCACUAUACAAUCACACCGGAUUCCUACCGAGUUGGCGACUUCAGCUGUUUACUAGGAGUGGUGAACUUGAAAAGAGCCAUUGGUUACCACCUUGUUCAGAGUUACAUACCAACUGGGCUGAUCGUAGCAAUCUCUUGGGUUUCGUUCUGGAUUGAUCGACGAGCAGUUCCUGCUAGAGUCUCAUUGUCCUUUACGACAUUACUGACGUUGAGCACACAGGGUAACGGCAUCAGAUAUGCUCUGCCGGCUGUUUCCUAUGCUAAAGCUUUAGACUACUUCUAUGGAGUUUGCAUGCUCUUCAUCUUCGGUGUAUUGUUGGAGUUUGCAAUGGUGAACAGCUAUAUGAGGAAGGCAAAUAAGUACAAUAAUAUGGCCGAGAAGAUGCAGAACGGGUACAAUGGUAACAAACAUAUUCUAUUGCCAACAGACUGUGAUUCCGAAUAUGAUGAGGGUCCAACAAAGUACUACCCACAUGUUCCCAAGAAUUCUGCCCAUCUCAUGUACAAAGCCUUACGGUAUUCGCGGCGAGCACUAGCUAUUGACAAAGCUGCGCGAUUUGCAUUUCCUUCUGUAUUUGCACUCUUUAACGUCAUCUACUGGAUGUACUACUUAAAAGACGAUGAGGAUCAUCAAUAG